AUGAAAGACAGAAGCCAUCCAGAUACGACCGGCGCAACGACCUGCCCGGAUCAGGCCAAAAGCAGUGUUGCAGCUAUCAUCAUUGCGACGGACCAUGGGGAGCGCAUGUGUUCCGCCAAACCCAAAGUUUUGCACGAAUGUGCGGGUCUACCUCUCAUUGCCCAUGCAGUACGCUUGGCUGUACAUGUCGGCGCCAGUCACCUAGUGUUUAUCGUCAGCCCUUUGACGCUGGCACCUAUCCGUGCCGCUAUGCAAGUAAUUUUCCCCGAAGUGCCGGUCAUCUAUGCUGUGCAAGAGGAACAACAAGGCGCAUGGGAUGCUGCCCGCGUGGGGCUGCCCGCCGUACCGCAGCAAGUGCAACAAGUGGUGAUAUUACACGGCGAUAUGCCGCUACUACAGCAGAGUGACCUAGCCGUCUUGAAAGAAGCUGCAACUUAUGCGCCUCUAGCGUUGCUGACCGCGCGCCUGGAUGGAUCCACUGGUUUCGAUCGCAUUGUGCGAGACGAGCGCGGCCAGGUGCAGCACAUCGCUGGACAGCAUGUCGCGACGAACGAGCAGCUGAGUGUUAAAGAGGUGGAAACGGCGGUAUAUUGGGCGGAAGUCAACUUCCUCCACCAAGCGUUUACCGACAUCGAUGACGACGUUUCAAAGUCGAAACCCGCUCUGAUCAAUAUCGUUGAGCUUGCUCGGACAACGGGUACCGUGCAGUCGGUACAGGUAGCCGAAGUGCAAAAUUUAAGGACGAUCAACGACCGGGUCGACCUCGGCGAGGUAGAGGGCAUCAUGCGUGACCGGCUCGUCCGCAAGCAUCAAGCUGCGGGCGUUACAUUCCUUGACCCGAAACGCGUCUACAUCGGCAUGGACGUCACUUUAGCUGAGGAUGUGACCGUUGGUCUUGGCGUUGCGUUACACGGCAUAACCACCGUAUGUCGCAAUGUCACUAUUCUCGGGCCUACAGUCAUCAUCGGUUGUCAGAUCGAGGAAAAUGUGCACGUCAGUGCGUUCUCUCACCUGCAAGACUCGCGGGUGGCGCAGCAUGCGGUCAUAGGUCCCUACGCGCGAGUGCGAGCGGAUAGCUCUGUGGGAUCCCGAGCCUUUGUAGGCAACUUUGUCGAGCUGAAGAACGCUGUGCUGGCCGAGAAUGCCAAGGUCGGCCACCUCAGCUAUGUUGGUGACGCCAACCUGGGUUGCCGAGCCAAUAUCGGUGGCGGCACCAUCACUUGCAACUACGACAGCGUGAACAAGCAUCGGACGACCAUCGGCGAGGGCGCGUUCGUAGGAUCCAAUAACACGCUGGUCGCACCACUAGCAUUGGGCGACAGAUGUUUCACAGCCGCGGGUAGCACUAUUACCGAAGAUGUGCCUUCGGAAGCUCUUGCCUUUGGUCGAGCCCGUCAGUCGACCGUCGAAGGUCGUGGUAAGGUCCUGCGCGAGCGCCUCGCUCAUGAACAGGCAGGCGGACGGGUCAAGUAG